AUGACAACUCAAGCAAACAUGCAACCUCACCAACAGCAGACUCAACCCCCAAACCCACUAGCAGUCAAUACAAGCAGAACAUCGCCCAACAAUUCUGCUAUAAAUUUUGCUCCAUCAGGUGGAUUGAAUGAAAAUGGGAGAAAGAGCUCGUUACAAAGCUCACCAAUAAACCUAACCAGCAAUUUGAACAAUUUGAACUUGGGCCAAGCUCAAGAACAAGAGAACAUACAGCAACAGAUUUACACACUAAAAAUCAAAAACCUUCCUUCAGAUAUCUCAUUGAGAGAGUCAUAUUGUAUUUUUGCAUUAGCCAAGGAUUUUAUUGGUGUUGAUUUAAUCAUGGAUUCCAGUAACUUACCAGUUUUAUUUGCCAAAUUUAAGUCAUUAUCAGCAGCAUCAAAGUACUCACAAGUUUUGGAAUCAAGUCAAAUUUUCGGACCUUCAUACCCUACGUUUUUGAAAACUGAAGUUGUCGAUGAAAAUUACCAGAUGGGAUUGAAUCUUGGAUCAUCAGCCAAAAGACCAAGUAUAGGAAAUCAAAGAUCAAGAUUUCUAUUCAGUGAUCCAUUUAGUAAUGAUACAAUUCCUGAAGCAGUUCCUGAAUCGGCUACAGGUACAAAUGGGUUAGGGAAGUCUUUACUUUUGAUGGAAUCCCAACAAGAUGCAAGAGAAUAUGAACAACUAGUCAGAGAUCCAUGGCAUCAACAACCAGUUUCACAACAACAACAACAACAACAACAGCAGCAGCCUCACACAUCCCAAAGCUCUGCUCAACUGCCUGUUUCAACUUCUAUUGGUCAAGCAAAUCCUCAGUUUGCAAACUCAACACCUCAAACUCCAAGUAUUGAAUGGGAUAGAAGAAGACAGAAUUCUGCGUUCUUUAAUUCUCAAUCACCAUUAUUAACAAGUCAGUUGUCAGCAUCACAAAUACCGACCCAACUCUCUUUGAGUCAACAGCAACAACAAAAUCCACAACAACCUCAACAAUUACCACAAGGUUUAGGUCAAUCAUCUAUGCCAAUCCCGCCAGCUUCUGCCCCAGCUCCCCAGUCGCAGCAACUACCAUCACAAAUGGGAGGACCUCAGGCUCCAUCAUCUGCAUCUCAGCCACCAACAUUGAGUAAUUCCCAACAGUCUUCUCAAGUUGACUUGUCAUUAUUGGCUAGAGUACCACCACCAGCUAAUCCAGCUGAUCAGAAUCCACCAUGUAAUACACUUUACGUUGGAAAUUUACCACCAGAUGCAACAGAGGCAGAACUUCGUCAAUUGUUUUCCCCACAAAGAGGAUUUAGAAGAUUGUCAUUCAGAACUAAAACUCAACCGUUAAACGGAACUUCGCAACCAAAUUCUGGUCCUUCAAGUCAUUCUCAUGGACCAAUGUGUUUUGUCGAAUUUGAGGACGUUGCGCAUGCUACUAGAGCUUUAGCUGAGUUAUAUGGAAGAACAUUACCAAGACCGGGCGGUAUUCCAGGUAAAGGUGGUAUUAGAUUGUCAUUCUCCAAGAAUCCAUUAGGUGUUAGAGGCCCUGGACAAAGAAGAAGUAGCAGUUUUGCAUAUCAAGGUUUCAAAGGUUGAUUCUAUGAGACUACCAGUGGCUGAAAUGCUGAUUCUGUUUUUUUAUCAUUCUUUAUUCAUCUAUAAAAGUUUUUUUUAUGUCUUUUCUUUCUUUUUUUAAUUAUUUUUGUGUUAUGAAUUUUGCAAAGAUCUUUCAGCAUUGGCCUUCAAUUUUUUUAACAUGCCAUUCCAUUCAUUGUUUCACUGUCAUUAUUAUCAUCAUUAUAUCAUCAUUAUCACCAUUGUCAUUCGAUUGUUAGCU